AUGGAAAUAAAUAAUGUUGCUGAAUCUAUGAGAAAAAUCCUAAAAGAAUCAAGAUAUACAGUUGAACAAAGUAUGAAACAAUUUGAUGAUAUGAUAAGUGAUCUUAUUUUUGAGCAAGGAUGCGUACUUGAAAAGAUUUUAUUGGAUCAACUUCCUCAAGAAAUAGUGGAUAUGACGAAUAAAAAAUACUUGGAAUUGAGAUAUGAGGCUUUAGCUGAUAAUAGUAUUUCAAAUGUAGAAGAUACGAUGUACUAUUUUGAUCGUCUACGUGAAAAAGUUAAAAAGGGACAUGCCACAGAUGUUGAAGAAAAAGUUUAUAACACCAUAAAAUCAUGUGGAAAGUCAAAAUAG